GUCUGUAAUUAACAUUUUAUUUAUUUACAUCGUAGCCACUACAUGUAAGCAGUGAACUGAAAAUAAAAUUAAUUCAAUGCUUUUAUUGUUUCACUGUAAACUAAGUGUAUCAACAUGAUUCAUUUUAUGUUUUAAAUCUCUGCUUAUAUGUUGUAGGUAUUAUCCCACAUCGAGUGUGCCUUUAAUGAGAUAUUUUAUUGUUUACAAAACGCAUUUUACGAGGACACGAUUCGACUGGAUUACAUUUGCAUAAAUAAGUCUAACAGGAUACAAAAAAACUGAUUGGUGAAAGGAAAUACAACCAAAUAAACUACGUUUUUUAUUGGCGGAUAGGCUUGGCUUACCUAAAUCGUAUCAACAGUACAGAGGUCGUUCACUUAUACUUGCGAAAAUACUUUAAAUUGUAUCUGUUCAAGUUGUGAUUACACGAAUCAUUUGGCGAAAAAGAUGCAUCUGUUACUGCAAGUCGGUCUGGCAUGCUCGUUAAUUACGGCAUGCCUCGCACGUAUUCCCGAUUGCUCCCUGGUGGACUGUAGGCCGCCAGAUUGCCUCGACCAAUACACGCCAUAUGGCCAGUGCUGUCCUAUUUGCAAGCCAAAACAACCAUGUACUUACAAGGAUAGAGUAUACAAGGAAGGUCAGCGAUUUAAGGAUGAAUGUAAUACGUGUUCAUGUACCAACGGAGCUGUGGUUUGUACAGAAAUGGCUUGCCUAGGUAAAGACGGUUCUUGUCCAGUACUGAAGGGAAAAGGCGAUGUCGCAGAUAUGUGUGUCCGAAAGUGCAGUUCUGACUAUGACUGUCCCGGUGUCAAGAAAUGCUGUUCAAAAGCUUGUGAUAACCUCUGCCUUACACCAACACGUAAUCCUAAAACUUGCACGAGCAACGGAAUCAUCUAUAAAGAAGGUGAAAGUGUGCCACCAAGCCACAGAUGUUUGACGGACUGCGUGUGUCAAGCCGGUCAAGUGAAUUGUUUGCCAGUACCUUGUGCGCCGGAUGUGCCUAACAUCAAGUAGUGUAACAUCCCCGAGAAGAAAUGCAGAUUUAUACUGUAGAGUACAACAACUCACAACUCUUGAUAUUCGGAUUUGUACAACAGAGCAAAAUAUCUCAUAACUUGAUGCGCCGAUUACAACUACACAGCGCAACAACUUACAUGUGUACUUUCGGCAUGCUAGUAUCUGCUGCUACUAAACAGAGCUACCAUUAGAAUAACCCGUUUCUAUUCGAUGCCUAUUUCAGAAUCCAAGCUACCGUUUGCAGACCGCCUUGAUGCUUUGUAUAUCAAAAUAUGCCUUAUUCUUCGGUUGUAAUAUUGCAUGUAUUUAAUUUAUUAAUUAUAAUAAAAUUGUUUCAUUUA